AUGGCUGGCAUACCACUAAUGUAUGCUCAAGAGGAUUGUGAGUUGGGAGGAAAAGAGAGUAUGGAGGAUGACUUCGCUUACAGAAAUAAUGUGAUGAAUGCAGAUAAAGAGAUUCGUUUGGGUUUUAUCAGAAAAGUGUAUGGUCUGCUUACAGUACAAUUGCUGGCAACUGUAGCAAUAGCUUCUGUGUUUAUGCUUGUUAAGCCUGUACAAGGGUUCAUACAUCAAAAUGACUGGAUGGUGUUCAUCGCAUUCAUUUUCAGCAUGAUAACUCUAUUUGCUUUAAUUAUAAAGAGGAGGGACUACCCGGCCAACUUGUAUCUUUUAGCUGCAUUUACGGUUGUUCAAGCAUUCACCAUUGGCGUUGUAGUGUCAUACUGCGAUAAAUUUGUAGUACUGCAGGCACUGGCUUUAACAUUUACAGUGGUGUUUUCUCUCACUCUAUACACUCUCAACACCAAGCGUGACUUCUCCUUCAUUGGAUAUGGACUUGUCGCCGGCCUCAGUGUCCUCAUCAUUGGAGGAUUAAUUCAAAUAUUCCUGCAGAGCUCUGCCUUUGAAGUAGCACUGUCUUUCACGGGCGCCAUUUUCUUUAGCUUCUUCCUAAUCUUCGACACACAACAGAUGAUGACUGUACUCUCCCCAGAGGAAUACAUCCUUGCUACAAUUAACUUGUAUAUGGACAUUUUGAAUCUAUUCCUUUACAUUUUGCGUAUUUUGAACGAAUUGAACAGAAAU